AUGGAGGGCGUUCAGACUGUGGAUGUGAGCUGGCUUCACCAUUCUCAGAAAGAUCACCUCCAGCGCACAAAAUCAGUGACUUCAGCGUGCGAACGGCCUGGCUCCGAGGAAGAAGCCACGACUACACCAUCCAAGUCGCAUCGAAGAUCCCGUUCGAGUAGCAGCCCGGCACGCCCAACAUCAAGUACUCCGGAACCGAAGAACGGGACUCAAAAUGAUCUGGGCAAGGUAGAAGAGAAGGUAGAGCCGAAUGAGAAUAAUACCGCGGAGGAGCAAACUUCGUCGACCCCGCCGCCGGCAACACAACGGAGCGCACCCAAGCCCGUUGGCGGGCGGAGGAAUUCCUGGAUCUCGAGUUUGAGCUCCAAGUUUUCGUCUGGCUCGACGCCUCCCUCGCAAUCCAGUCUGAAAGCAAGUCCAGCCAGUCCUAAAGCUACCUCUCCUCUUGAUGCCCAUAACCCUUUCGGCGCCGCAUACUCCCCGAAGGACAAGGAGGAAGAAAAGAAAGACGAGUCCAAUCCGUUUACUUCAUCCUCACCGAAAGGCCCCUCAUUUCUCCACAAUGCACUGCGCAAGUUCUCGUCAAACUCGGGCGGACUGCCCAAGAUCUCGCCAAACGGAGCGGUAUGUCCGCGCCGCGUGAUGAACCUCGACCCGAGUCGAGACAGGUGCAAGAUUGCAGAGUUGAACCAGGCGAAGCUUCACCGUGUUGCGUUUUGCGUGGACGUUGAGAUCGCCGGUGUUUCUCAUCGCGACACUGACGAGGACGCUCCCCCUACCUGCCAACUCCGACAGCCUCUCCCUGAGUCCAAUCGUUCCAAGUCGAAGAAGUUAGAAGGGAAGGUGGAUACUAAAGUGGUCGCCCAGUGCAAAGAGAAUGAGGAAGCCGGAGCGCUGAAGAAUCCACAGGCUGCAGUGGCCGAGAAAGAAGCUCCAACUCCGGCUUCUGCUCCUUGUCCUGCGCCUGCGCCUGUCCAAGGAAGUAGCCCAACUCAGGAUGCGCAGUCUACUCCUGCACCGACUACGGCUGACUCCAAAUCUGUUGAGUGUAAGCCUAAUGGCGAAACGAAAGAUCCGAGCAGGAAGCAUGAAAAGAAGAAGCGCUCCGAAGAAGAAAGAAAGGAGCGAAAGGAGCGCAAGCGGAGACAAGCUGUGGCAAACGGCUCUAUCCCAUUGCAGCUGGAUGCAGAGAACGAUGAUGACGAGGGUCAAGCGCCGGCGACUGGUGUUUCACGCCCCAAAACGCAGAGUCACCCCACUACCGAUCCAGUGCGGAUCUACCGUCGGUGUUGUCAGCUCCGAGAAACCCCAGUUCUUAAGAGAGUGGUUGAUGAGAUCUCUUUGCCAUCCUCCACGCUAGCUGAGUCCCCCGGCACUGUCGCUGCUUUGGAUCUCAGCAACUUCCCCAUGACCUCGCAAGAUAUCGCAACCUUCAGCGACUGGCUCGCUGUCGUCCCUGUCCGGAAACUUAUUCUUGAGAAUUGUGCUCUUACUGAUGACUCUGUGCGAGCCAUUCUUGCUGGACUCCUCUCAACAAAGACCGUGGAGCAGAUGCGUUAUCGGCGGAGACGAAACCGCAAGUCGGAUGCCCCGGAUAUGGAGGACGAGAGAUGGGGUGUUGUGGAGAAGCUUUCACUCAAAGGCAACCCCAAAAUUGGCCGGGAAGGAUGGCGUCAUAUUGGUCUCUUCAUCCACUUAUCCAAGUCUUUGAAGGCCAUUGACCUGUCGGGCGUUCCUUUCCCCAAGUGCAGGGCUUCGUCCGAUAGUUCCACAGGAACCAAUCAGUCACACCCUGUUCCAGACGUUUGCACCAUCUUUGCUGAUGCAUUGGCUGAGCGUUUUGCCGGCGAUCACCUUGAAGAACUGUUGUUGAGCGAAUGCAAGCCCUCAAAUGAUCAAGUCAAGAUGAUUUGCGAGGCCUCCGCCAAAUUGGGAUUGCGGAGACUGGGUUUCGCAAACAAUGAACUGUCCAGAGAGGGCUUCGAGCAUGUGGUGGAAUACUUCAAGGCUGGCUCAUGUGAAGGUUUGGAUUUGGGAGGAAACCCCAUCAAGGAUGACCUCGAUCUCCUCGCCGAUGCUAUUGAACCUGAGCAGCCUUUCUACGCGCUCAGUCUGGCGGAUUGUGCUUUGAAUUCCACUGUGAUCUGCCGUUUGCUUCAAGCCCUCACCCGACUUCACAACCUUCGUUUCAUUGAUGUGUCUCACAAUCCUGAGCUCUUCUCGGUCCAGCCUAACGCCCUUGGCGCAUUCCGGCGCUUCUUGCCUAAGAUGCCAUCUCUGAAGCGUAUACAUCUUGCCGAUGUUGAUUUGUCGCCGGAUCACAUUAUUGGGUUGGCUGAGGUUCUGCCAGAGUGCCCUAGCCUGUGUCACCUGAACAUACUCGAGAAUCCUCAAAUCGUCCGCCUGGCAUCUGCUGUGAACCCAGUUGUCCAGGAAGAGGCAUGUGCUGUCUACGCUUCCAUGAUGGCCGCUGUUCGUGUCUCGAGGACUAUCAUUGCAGUCGACAUCGAAGUUCCCACCGCAGAGAACAACGAAGUUGUGAAAGCUCUAGCGUCCCAGAUCGUUGCAUACUCGCUUCGGAAUCUCGAGGGUGGCGCCAUUGCAGAAGAGCUCUCGGAAACCGGCGUAUCCAUUGGAUCAAAGGACAUUCCGGUGCCGGAGAUCUUACAACACAUCGUUGGAGUUAACGGCCCUGUUGAGGAGCCUUGCGGUGAAGAGGAGGACGAGUUAGCUCCCGACGAGGACUAUGUUAUUGGCGGUACAGGUGUGGUCAAGGCACUAGGUGUCUGCCUCGGAAACCUGGAUCAUCAUCAUGCGCUCGAUGCUCUCGGAGACCACUCUACACCUCCCAGCGGCACCACGACUCCCAGACGUCGGAAGUCCCGCGGCAUUGUUACAAAGCGGCCACGCGAUAUGUCGAAGAACCUACUCGAGUCGGCACGCAACAUCCGUGUGCGGAUCCAGUCAGCGCUUAUUCGCGAGGACCGAGCUGGUAACGACGCGAACUACCGUCGUCUCCAGUUUCUGGAUUAUACUUUGGCCAAGAUGAUCCAGCGCUUUGAGGACGAGUACCCGGAGACUCGUCUUCCUCAAGCUGCUCCUUCAGCCGUGGUUCCCGACUCGAGCUCACAGAAUUCUGGCGAAGAUGCAAACGGGACAAAUGCUACUGGCAAUUUGAGCAGCAGCAUGGUCGACGAAAACGCCGUCGACGACGAAGAAACCGAUCAAUACGCUAUUCAUCUCUCCCGAGCCAGUUCGAUAACAUCCUUCCACGCUCGUGCCAUGACGUCUGAAGAAGGCCACCUCCACCGUCUAGGCCAGAACCUGCGUCGCGACUUCCUCAACCCACCCGAAAAGCAGGCUGACGGCAGCGAGGAUGACGAGUCUCACAUCGUCGCCUUGCGUGAGAAACUCGAACGUCUGCACGAAGAGCAGUCUCAGUCACCAUUCGAUAGUGCUCAGGCAGAGCAAGCAUUCGAGAAGCUUGAAAAUACCGUCGACGAUCUCUGGGCAGCCCAGCGACAAGACGCCGAAGGAUUCGAAAAGUUCAAGCAGUCCCAGAUCGCGGCGCAGAUAAACAGUGGUCUGCGCCCUGCCGACAGCUGCAAGAAGGAUGCCACUACAUUUGAGAGCACGUCGCCUCCGUCUUAG